AUGCCAAUGCUUGCAAUCUUCAUGUUCAUCAUUGGACUUUGCGGCUCCACGGCUUUGUCCAACGUUGCUGGUACCAUUGGAGACCUGUUCGGAAACUCGGAUGUGGCCUCUCAACCAAUGGCACUCUUUGUUUUUUCUGCAAACACUGGUCCAUCCAUUGGAGGUGUUGUUGGAGAGGCCAUCAGUGAAAAUAGCAGCUUGGGAUACAAAUGGGUGUUCCUUAUCAACAUCAUCAUUGGUGCUGCCUUUUUUAUUGGCCUGAUGUUCGUUCCAGAAACCUUGCCGAGAAUUGUGAUUCCAGAAAGAAUGGCUGUUGAAGGUAAGGAUGUGCCGCCUGUUAUCAUCAGAGAGCUCAAAUACUUCUUCAACUCAUUGAUCGGCAAGGAGGAAGACUUCAUGAACGAAGUUACCGAUCCUAAAGAUCCAAACACCACCAUCGUGGUUGAAAAGGUUAGCGCAAUCAACGAGAUCAAGUUUGUGUUUAUCAUGGCCUUGAAAAUGAUGGUUACCGAGCCGAUUAUUAUCUUUCUGGGUCUGUUCAACGGUUUUGCCUAUGGCCUGCUAUUUUUGUAUCUGGAUGGUAUCUUCACCGUUUUCGUCUACAACAACAAUCUGUCAUACAUGGGAGCUGAGGUGACUUACCUGAACUUUGUUGUUGGUGCUGCGUGCGUUGUUUGUCUGGUUCCAAUCCAGACAUGGCUGUUCAGGCGUGACAGAAAGAAGAACGGCGGUGUUCCUCGACCAGAAGCCAGAUUCUUGAUUUCUCUGGUCACUGUUUGGGGAUUCCCAAUUUCGCUCUUUUGGUUUGCUUUCACUUGUGACGGAAGUGUCAACUAUUGGUCGCCUAUUGUCGCUGGGUUUGUGCUGGCCAUUGCCGAUCCAUUGUUGUGGCUCGCUAUGCUGAAUUAUAUCAUCGACAGUUACUCGGAGGCAGGAUUGAGCAACUCUGGUAUUGCUGCAUUCACCAUUCCUUCGUUCUCCAUUGCUGCUGCGUUGGCUCACGCUGGUAUCGCCAUGUUUGAGGAUAUGUCUGCACAAUGGGCUAUGGCUACUUUGGCGUUCAUUUCUCUGUUGGUGGUGGUGCUGGUCUACGUUUUCUACUUCUUUGGAGCUAGACUUAGAGCUGCCUCAAAACUCGCGAGAAUUAGUGGAGUCAGAGCUUCGAACUAG